AAGCCAGGUGCGCCCAGUGAGCUCGCCAUGUCCAGAUCCGGGGACAGGACCUCCACCUUCGACCCCAGCCACAGCGACAACCUGCUGCACGGCCUCAACCUGCUGUGGAGGAAGCAGCUGUUUUGCGACGUGACCCUGACGGCCCAGGGCCAGCAGUUCCACUGCCACAAGGCCGUACUGGCCUCCUGCUCCCAGUACUUCCGAUCUCUCUUCUCCAGCCACCCCCCUCUCGGGGGAGGGGUCGGCGGCCAGGACGGCCUGGGGGCCCCCAAGGACCAGCAGCAGCAGCCACAGCAGCCGCCUCCACAGCAGCAGCCGCCACCGCCGCCGCAGGAGGAGCCCGGGACGCCUUCCUCCUCCCCCGACGACAAGCUGCUGACCAGCCCCCGGGCCAUCAACAACCUGGUGCUGCAGGGCUGCUCGUCCAUCGGGCUGCGCCUGGUGCUCGAGUACCUCUACACGGCCAACGUGACCCUCUCCCUGGACACGGUGGAGGAGGUGCUGUCGGUCAGCAAGAUCCUGCACAUCCCGCAGGUCACCAAGCUCUGCGUGCAGUUCCUCAACGACCAGAUCUCGGUGCAGAACUACAAGCAGGUGUGCAAGAUCGCCGCGCUGCACGGCCUGGAGGAGACCAAGAAGCUGGCCAACAAGUACCUGGUGGAGGAUGUGCUGCUGCUCAACUUCGAGGAGAUGCGCGCCUUGCUGGACUCGCUGCCGCCCCCCGUGGAGUCGGAGCUGGCGCUCUUCCAGAUGUCCGUGCUGUGGCUGGAGCACGACCGCGAGACCCGCAUGCAGUAUGCGCCCGACCUCAUGAAGCGCCUCCGCUUCGCGCUCAUCCCGGCCCCGGAGCUGGUGGAGCGGGUCCAGUCCGUGGACUUCAUGCGCACCGACCCGGUCUGCCAGAAGCUGCUACUGGACGCCAUGAACUACCACCUGAUGCCCUUCAGGCAGCACUGCAGGCAGAGUCUGGCCAGCAGAAUUCGCUCUAACAAGAAAAUGCUGCUGUUGGUUGGAGGCUUGCCUCCUGGACCAGACCGGCUCCCCAGCAAUUUGGUGCAGUAUUAUGACGAUGAGAAGAAGACAUGGAAAAUACUCACAAUUAUGCCGUAUAACAGCGCCCACCACUGCGUGGUGGAGGUGGAGAACUUCCUGUUCGUGCUGGGCGGAGAGGACCAGUGGAACCCCAAUGGCAAACACAGCACAAAUUUUGUCAGUCGAUACGAUCCCCGAUUUAACAGCUGGAUUCAGCUUCCACCGAUGCAAGAAAGGAGAGCCAGUUUCUAUGCAUGUCGGUUGGACAAACAUCUAUAUGUUAUUGGUGGAAGGAAUGAAAGUGGCUACUUGUCCAGUGUGGAGUGCUAUAACCUAGAAACCAAUGAAUGGCGUUAUGUGUCCUCGUUACCACAGCCUCUAGCAGCUCAUGCGGGGGCAGUGCACAAUGGGAAAAUAUACAUUUCAGGGGGUGUUCACAAUGGAGAAUAUGUCCCGUGGCUAUACUGCUAUGACCCUGUAAUGGAUGUCUGGGCGCGAAAACAAGAUAUGAACACAAAGCGCGCAAUCCACACGUUGGCUGUAAUGAAUGAUCGCUUGUAUGCGAUCGGGGGGAAUCAUUUGAAAGGUUUCUCCCACCUUGACGUCAUGCUUGUGGAAUGCUAUGACCCCAAGGGUGACCAGUGGAACAUUCUUCAGACCCCGAUUUUGGAGGGCCGGAGCGGGCCUGGCUGUGCGGUGCUGGACGACAGCAUUUACCUCGUUGGUGGCUACAGCUGGAGCAUGGGGGCCUACAAGUCAUCCACGAUAUGCUAUUGUCCAGAGAAAGGGACCUGGACAGAACUCGAAGGAGAUGUGGCAGAACCGCUCGCAGGCCCAGCCUGUGCAACAGUUAUUCUGCCUGCCUGUGUCCCAUACAACAAAUAACACCAGGAACUGCUGUCAUGAACUGGAUCAUAUUUUGGGAAGCAAUGACACAAGACAUCAUCAUCAUAAUUAAAACUCUGCAACUGCCGAAACCCACCCUUGGUUUCUGACGAAUGAUUUCUAAAAUAGCCACCGAUGAGAGGGACCUGGUCUUAAGCAGAUACUGUGUCUGGAACUCAGAUCACACCGAACUUCCCGUGGUGACAGACUCGUCCAUUGCAGACUGGUUUUAACUUGUCCCAGCGUUACAAAAACCAGAAGAAGAAAAAAACACUGCUCAUGUGGAUUUUGACUUUCAAAAGGAGAAAGAUAAAAUACUGAAGACUUCCCCCAGAGAAACCUGAGAUCAGUAUUGUGCAUUGUAGUCUACCUGCAUGUGAUCUAUGUUGACGUCUUGGGGAUAUUGUGUUCAUGAAUGAUUCAAAAUUUGACCCACUUAAAGAUGUACCCAGCUUUCCCGGAAUUGCCACUUGAUUCUGUAUUCUUAACCUUUGCCUACUUCACAGACUCUAUAAGCAACACAGUUCUAGGAAAUUGUAUAGGAUUCAAGAGGAGCUUUUUUGUUUCCAUACAACUCCGUUUUAUAGACUUUCUGCCCUUACAGCACCUCAUGGGAUCAAAGAAGACAAAAAUGUUGUCUUUUGUAGCAACCACUUUCCGCCCUAUGGGUUCUAGGCUAACCUGAGUCAUAAUUUUUGUGUCUUCGAUCUUAACUGAAAGAUUAAAACAAAAUGUUAUUAUUAAGUUCAUAGAGGCUUAUGCUUCCUCAUUUUUUAUAGUAUUUAAGUUGUAAACUCACUGGUUACUUGACUGAUAAAUUGAGUUAUGCAAUUUUGACAAGGUUCUGGUGGUUAACAUACAUCUGACCCACACUUAAUGAACCAUUAUAAAAACUGAGAAUAAUUGCUUUCCAAAAGUUAACGAUCAAAGAAUGAGUAGUUUCUUUGAAGUACAAUCUGAGUUGGCGCCCUGUCUCUAAAAAGCGUAAUAUAACAUCACCUAAAAAAAUCCUCAGGAAAAGCGCAAGACUUGCCCUCAACACUCCUCCACCUCAUCCUAUUUCCCUUACUAGCACCAGCAACGCUGAAUCCAGUGAAGUGACCUAUUGCUUCACUGUCUUUAGGACCAUGAGGGAUUUGGAGCAGAAGGGUAGGAGAAUGUGAGACAAAUCUGACAGAAACAUAUAUUUCAUUUCCAAGCUCCUAAGAACUUAAACAAUAGCAGUUAAGAGCAAGUAAAAGCAUAACAUCGAGAUAUAUAUAUAUAAUUUUUUUGCAGUCAUGCAGAGAUAUUGGCAAAUCCCUCAGCAAAUGUGACAUUCAAAGUAAAAUUUGGGAAAGCCACAGAUUUUAUAACUUUGGGGUAAGCUUUCAUUGGGGAGCAUGUCAAGAUGGAGUGGGAUACUGGAAUCCAAUGCCGUUUCUACAGUAAAGUGCAAUCUUCCUUGUUUUUGUAUUUAUUUGUAUGUUCAGAUCCAAAGGAUCUGCUGUAAAAUAUAUACAUAUAUAAAUAUAUAUAUGCAGUGCAAUCAACUUUCAUUUCUUUUUCCUUUAAAGCACCUGAAUAUCUAGAGAGAAAAGUUACAGUGCUCUGUGGGGAAACCCUAGCUGAUUUCAUGAAAAGAACAAGGUCUGUCUGGAAUCUUUAAUAAUAUCAGCUGUCACCAUUUUUUUUCUGAAAUCCACGGAUUAUAUAAGAAUAGUUGCUUUCCUUUGACUGGUUUUUCUCCUUUUUUUAAGCAAAAAAUAAAUCAAAGCGUUUAUGAAAACUGUAAGUAAAGCUUAUAGUUUUUCAGAAAGACACAACCAUACGAAAGUGAAAAGUGAGUUAAUGAAUCACAGAAUGUAAGUUUUGUACAGUAUUAGAAUGUGUAAAUUGAGCUUGCUUGGAAAGGGAAAACUUUAAAUAAAAACUUUAUGUACGAAUUCAA